AUAUAUAAACACACCUAUCUGAAUCUACAUCUCUAUACGUGCCCGUGAGGAUAUUAGACGGAUUCUUCGUUUCGCUGUCCUUCAUCCGAAGUUUAUGUGAGCAGAUUUUCAUCUGCUUCUUGAGAUUUGUGUUUCUGGGUUUCGUGAAAAUUCUCCGGGUGAAUUGUUGUAUGAUUGGAUCGAUUCCGGUGGAGACGAAAACAUGGCUCAGGCCGUAGAAGAAUGGUACAAACAGAUGCCGAUAAUCACUCGCUCGUACCUCACGGCAGCUGUCGUCACCACCGUCGGUUGUUCGCUCGAGAUUAUAUCUCCAUAUAACCUCUACUUGAAUCCUACGCUUGUGGUGAAGCAAUACCAGUUUUGGCGCCUCAUUACAAAUUUCUUGUAUUUCCGGAAGAUGGAUUUGGACUUCAUGUUCCAUAUGUUCUUUCUCGCUCGGUACUGCAAGCUCCUUGAAGAGAACUCCUUUAGGGGAAGGACAGCGGAUUUCUUCUACAUGCUCUUGUUUGGGGCAACUGUUCUAACCGGUAUUGUCCUCGUUGGGGGAAUGAUACCGUAUUUGUCGGCCUCCUUUGCUAAAAUCAUCUUCCUCAGCAAUUCGUUGACGUUCAUGAUGGUCUAUGUAUGGAGCAAGCAAAAUCCGUAUAUCCACAUGAGUUUCCUCGGGCUGUUCACUUUUACAGCAGCCUAUCUACCAUGGGUUCUUCUUGGGUUCUCUAUCCUCGUCGGUGCCAGUGCAUGGGUGGACCUUCUGGGUAUGAUAGCGGGUCACGGGUACUACUUCCUGGCAGAUGUGUACCCGCGAAUGACGGGUCGCCGUCCCUUACAGACUCCAUCUCUGAUCAAAGCCCUAUUCGCAGAUGAACCGGUAGUGGUGGCUCGACCGGAAAACGUGAGGUUUGCUCCGCCACCUGCAGAGGAAAUCCACCAGGACUGAAACCGGUCUUAUAAAAAUUAUCUUUGGUGACCGUGCUCGGUAAACAGUUUCGGUGUUCUUCGAGCAGAUGGUUCGUCUUGUCUGAACUCCGACAUUGCCUUAGUUGUGUGACUCGUUUCUCACGUUUUGGGUUUGAUGUUUAUUACUCUGUGGAUAUACGUUGGCAUGAAAGAAAGGUUUGUUUUUC